AUACAACCGUUAGAACAUACAUUUUUUUAUUUACUUUUAUGUCCUUUUCAACUUGUGCGAAUUGACGUAACAUAUAUAAAUAUAACUAUACUCAAUAAAAAAAUACAAAUACUCCGUAGUUAUGUUAUUCCACUCACACCACACCUUCCAUCUAUGGUCCACGAACCUUCUCCUGUCAAUUUCCGUUUCAUAUAUAAAUAAACCCUUCACUCUUGCUUCUACUCUCAUCUUCAAAUCUCACAUCGAUACAAUCUCUCUUUCUUAACAAUGGCGACUUUUGAUGAAAUAGCAGCUCUAGAUUUCAUCAGACAACACCUUCUCAGUGAAUACGAAACCCCUAAUAACCUUGUUUCUGAAUCUCAUCUAUCAGUUUCUCAUUACCUUACCUCUGAGGAACAACCUAUAAUUGAUUUCUCAAUAAACCUCACGGUACCGGAAUCCGUUAACAAGAAAACCGAAAAAUCUAACUCGAAGAACAAUUUGGAGGAAUCAGAGUCCGCUGAGGAGGUGAAGGUACACUACAGAGGCGUACGACGAAGGCCGUGGGGCAAGUACGCAGCGGAGAUCCGAGAUCCGAAGCGUAACGGGGCGAGAGUGUGGUUGGGGACGUUUGAUACAGGUGUUGAAGCGGCUAAGGCGUAUGAUAGAGCCGCAUUUCAGAUGCGUGGUUCGAAAGCGAUUUUGAAUUUUCCUCUAGAGGUUGAGAGUUUAAAGGAGGAGAUAACCGGAGGAAAUAAAGCUUUAAUCAUAACUUCCGGCAGUGGGUGCGGGAAAAGAAUGAGGGAUGAGAAUGAGAUGGAGGUGGUUGUGAAGAAGGAGAGGUUGUUAGAGACGGUUAGUUUGCCGUUAACGACGUCAAGUUGUUUGGCGGGUUUGGAUUUUAACUGGGAGAACAUGUUUAACGUCGCUCCCUUAUCCCCUUUUUCUCAGUUGAUGGCGAUUUAAAACUUUGAAUGUGUUCUUUGUAACAUUUUAAUUUUUUAACC